AGUCACCGGAAUCGAGGUGGGGCCGCCCGGAGCGGCGUCCUCGGGAGCCGCCUCCCUGCGGCCUGUUCCCUUUUGUGGCGGCGCCCGCGCUCGCGGGCCACUCUCCGCCGCCGCACGCCCCGCGCGCUCCUCCGCCCCGCUGCGCUCCGCUUGGCCCCGCUCGGCCCCGCGCCGCCCGUCACCAUGAUCCGCUGCGGCCUGGCCUGCGAGCGCUGCCGCUGGAUCCUGCCCCUGCUCCUGCUCAGCGCCAUCGCCUUCGACAUCAUCGCGCUGGCAGGCCGCGGCUGGCUGCAGUCGAGCGACCACAUCCAGACGUCCUCGCUGUGGUGGAGAUGUUUCCACGAGGGCGGCGGCAGCGGGUCCUACGAGGACGGCUGCGAGAGCCUCAUGGAGUACGCGUGGGGUAGAGCAGCAGCUGCCAUGCUCUUCUGCGGCUUCAUCAUCCUGGUGAUCUGUUUCAUCCUCUCCUUCUUCGCCCUCUGUGGACCCCAGAUGCUUGUCUUCCUAAGAGUGAUUGGAGGUCUCCUUGCCUUGGCUGCUGUGUUCCAGAUCAUCUCUCUGGUAAUUUACCCCGUGAAGUACACCCAGACCUUCAACCUUCACGCCAACCCCGCUGUCACUUACAUCUACAACUGGGCCUACGGCUUUGGGUGGGCAGCCACGAUUAUCCUGAUCGGCUGUGCCUUCUUCUUCUGCUGCCUCCCAAACUACGAAGAUGACCUCCUGGGCAAUGCCAAGCCUAGGUACUUCUACACCUCUGCCUAACUGGAGAAAAUCACUGCUGCUGAGAUGGACUCCAGAGAGGAAACUAUUUCUCCACGGGACUUUGAACCCAUUUUUUUUUUUUUUUUUUGCGGUGUUUUUAUUAGUAAACCAGUCAAAAAUGCUAAAAUAAUUUGGGAGAAAAUAUUUUUUAAGUAGUGUUAUUGUUUCAUGUUCAUCUUUUAUUACGUUUUGUGAAGUUGUAUCUUUUCACUAAUUACACAAUAUUUAACUAAUUUCACAAUAUUUCCUUUUAUCUAUCCAUAACAUUUAUACUAUAUUUGUAAGAGAAUAUGAACAUGAACGUUAACACUUCAUAAGGUAAAAAUGAGGUUUCCAAGAUUUAAUAAUCUGAUCAAGUUCUUGUUAUUUUCAGAUAGAAUGGAUUGGGUCUGCUAAGGUCUAAGGAGAAGAGGAAGAUAAUGCUAAAAAUUAUCAAUGACUCAACAGUCUAAAAGAAAUGUUAAAAAAAAAAAAAGAAAGGUUUUUUUCAAGCCUUCAAACUAUUAAAGGAAAGCAAAAGAGUUUCCUAAAUGCAUAUCGGUUGUGAGAAUUUCUCAUUGAUAUCUUGAAUAAUUCAUUUUUGCUAAGCUUCAUGUUGACUCGAUAUGUCAUCUAGGAAAGUAUUGUUUUGUGGUCCAAACCUAUUGCUGUAGUUAAUAAGGCUUUCUUUUAAGUGUGAAAUAUUUAGAUGAAAUUGUGUCUUUUAAAGUUCUUUAUAGGGUUAGGGUAUGGGAAAAGGCUAUGUUAAGAAAUCUGUAGUGUUUUGUGUUUAUAUGUUCAGAACCAGAGGAGACUGGAUUGAAAGAUGGACUAGGUCUAAUUUAUCAUGACUGAUAGAUCUGGUUAGGUUGUAUAGUAAAGCAUUAGGAGGGCCAUGGCUGUCACAAAAGUGCCACUAAAACAGUCUCAGGAGAAUAAAUGGCUCACUUUUCUAAAUCUCAGGUUUAUCUGGGCUCUGUCAUAUACACAGGCUUCUGAUAGUUUGCAACUGUUAAGCAGAAACCUACAUAUAGUUAAGAUCCUGGUCUUUCUUGGUAAACAUUUUUACAAUAUUUGAUGUAAAACAUGCCACACGAGAAUUUGGGGAUUUGAGUUUCUCUGAAUAGCGUAUGCAUGAGGCAUCAGAUGUGUUGUUACAAUUUUUUACCAUUUCUACUUACAUAAUGAAAACCAAUUCCUUUUAAAUAUCACAUUAUUAUUUUGUAAGUUGUGGAAAAAGCCAAUUGUAGUUUGCAUUACGAAGUUUUCCCAAUAAACCAGGUAUUCUAAACUUGU